AUCAUCUCGUUCACUUUUAGCUUGAUAAAGCUUCUUCCUUGCGUUGUUGUCCAAAAGUAAGAGGCAUAGUACCAACUGCCAAGCACUAUCAAAUGUACCGCUUCAUGCUGACAAAUCCACCCAGCUCCCUCCGCCAAUCAAGUCCGGAUAUUUCAAAUGCGCUUCAUGAACGUCGAACAUUGAUCUCAACCUCAAGAUAGCGCAACACAGCCAUUGCGCACCCACGACCAUUAAAAUGGCCACCAAACUCGCCCCCCAGCUGCUCCGAAGCAGCUUCCAACCUCUUCGUCUAGCCUCACGCUCGCAGUGCCGCUCCUUCAACGCCAGUGCAAGAUCCAGCAGCGAUGCGCUCCAAGUGGUAAGCUACCCUUCCAUCUGCCUCUAUCCCUACGACCAUCACGAUAUUAACUCGUCCGUCCGCCCCAGCAUCGAGAUACGCCCGUCAACAAUGCGAAAAUCCCCUUCAAGUUCAACGACCAGAAUAACAAGCUCAUCGAUGAGAUCCUCAAGCGGUAUCCCCCCCAAUAUAAGAAGGCUGCCGUGAUGCCCAUCCUCGAUUUGGGACAGCGACAGCAUGGGUUCACGAGCUUGAGCGUCAUGAAUGAGGUGGCGAGGAUUUUGGAGAUGCCGCCUAUGCGUGUGUAUGAGGUGGCUACGUUUUAUACUAUGUAUAACCGAUCGCCGGUGGGGAAGUAUCAUUUGCAGGUUUGCACGACGGUAUGUUACUUCUAAUUAAGGGCUACGAUGGCAGAGCUGAUGGGGGAAUUAGACACCAUGUCAACUUGGAGGUUGCGGGAGUGAUAAAAUUGUCAAGGCUAUCGAAGACCAUCUCGGCAUCAAACCGGGUCAUACUACAAAAGAUGAUCUCUUUACAUUUGUGGAAGUGGAAUGUUUAGGCGCCUGUGUGAACGCUCCUAUGGUUCAAAUCAACGACGAUUUCUACGAAGAUCUCACACCCGAAUCCACCGUCGCCCUCCUCGACUCUCUGGCCGAAAGCGCAAAGGCUGGUGGUACCUCCCACGAAGUAGGAACUGGACACCUAACUGGCGAAGACAAGAAUGUAAAGAGUGGAAAGGAGGUUGGAACUGCGAAGAGUAAGGUUGGUGUACCUAAACCGGUGCCUGCGCCGGGACCAAUGAGUGGAAGGAAGACUUGCGAGAAUAGUGCGGGAUUGACGAAUUUGACGAGUCCGAUGUGGGGUCCUGAGGUUUUUAGAAAGGAUCUGUAGAUGGAUGGGAUGGG